AUGUGCCCCCAUGAUUGCCAUGGGUCGGUUUAUGAACAGAAUCAUGUAAUGGUGCGAAAAUGCGAAAAUGCGAUAAAAUUUCACAGCUUUAUACUUUUAGUACACACAACUCCAAUGCUAUUACGAAGAUCUUUUGGGUGCCGUAGACCAUUAUUGUCACUUCGAGGAUCGGCUGGUGGUCCCAGAUUGUACUCUGCUCUCAACUUGAACAACGAAGACGAAAAACCAGCUCGCAAGCAACGCCAGUUGAGUCCCCAAGAAGCCAAAGAAGAAGCAGCGAAGGUGGCCAUGCAAGGACUUAAGGACAUAGGAACGAUGUUUUCCUUCUCUGCUGGCAACGACGAAGCCACGAGACCCAUAGAUCUGGCUCCAAUAUAUAAAGAUCCAUCCAAAUUUGCUCUGUUGAGUUUGCUCCAUCAAGGACAGAUUUGUAGCGAAUUGCAACAGCUAUACGACAGAAAAUGGUCUAAAAUGACCCCCGAGCAGAAGCGCUUGGGAUACUAUAUUGCCUAUGGAAACUAUGACGUUCGAGAAGAUUUUGACAAUUGGAAAGAUCCGGAAUCUCCACCUUAUGAUCUUCCAUUUGUUGUGCCAUCGGUGAUCUCAACUACCAAUCCUAAGCCACACACCAAGGUGAGGAAAUUGCCUCCAGUAGAGCUUUCCAAGACACCGGUUCGUGUCAAGCAGUUUGCUACCAAUAAAAUAGAUGGAGUAUCUCGGUUUUUCAUGUACGUGAUACUACUCAUUCUGAUGGUGGCUAUCUAUAGAGACAAGAAUAUUGGAGAGGAAGGAAAGCCGCAGUCUGCUGACGUUGUGGAUCCAUAUUACGAGUCGCCAAAAGAACCGGAACCUGAAGUUGUGGAACCUACCCAGCGUCGCAGAAAGUGGUACUGGUUGUACUUGAGGUGA